AACGUCUAGAUGGAGCCCUCAGACAUCCCGGAGACCACCACCCCUUUUGAGUAUGAUCCUCAGAGCUUUCUGUGUGAGAAGAAGACCUUUGUCUUUGCCACCUUCAGCACCACCAUCCUGUACUGCCUGGUGUUCUUCCUCAGCAUGGUGGGCAACAGCCUGGUGUUGUGGGUCCUGGUGAAGUAUGAGAGCCUGGAGUCCCUCACCAACAUCUUCAUCCUCAACUUGUGUCUCUCAGACCUGGUGUUCUCCUGCUUGUUGCCCGUGUGGAUCUUGGGGUACCACUGGGGCUGGUUGCUGGGAGACUUCUUUUGCAAGCUCCUCAACAUGAUCUUCUCCAUCAGCCUCUACAGCAGCAUCUCCUUCCUGACCGUCAUGACCGUCCAUCGCUACCUGUCCGUGGUGAGUCCCAUCUCAUCCCUGCGUGUCCACACCCUCCAGUGCCGCGUGCUGGUGACCAUAGCUGUGUGGGCAGCCAGCAUCCUGGCCUCCAUCCCCGAUGCCAUCUUCCACAAGGUGUUCCCUUCGGGCUGUGAUUAUUCAGAACUCGAGUGGUUCCUAGCCUCAGUCUACCAGCACAACAUCAUCUUCCUUCUCUCUUUGGGGAUUAUCCUGUUCUGCUACGUGGAGAUUCUCAGGACCCUGUUCCGCUCGCGGUCCAAACGGCGCCACCGGACAGUCAGGCUCAUCUUCACCAUUGUGGUGGCAUACUUCCUCAGCUGGGCUCCCUACAACCUGAUCCUGUUUCUGCAGACACUGUUGAAACUUGGGGUCAUUCAGAGCUGUGAGGUCAGCCAGCAGCUGGAUUAUGCCCUGCUCAUCUGCCGCAACGUUGCCUUCUCCCACUGCUGCUUCAACCCGGUGCUCUACGUCUUUGUCGGGGUCAAGUUCCGCAGACACCUCAAAAGUCUGCUCCGGCACUUCUGGCUCUGCCGGCAACAGGCACCUGGCCUUCCCUCGUCACCUCACCCCCCAGGUGCCUUCACCUAUGAUGGCACCUCCUUCUAUUGA